AUGGCAGGUCAGAUUGAAUCACAUACCGGCGCUUGUGCUCAUACAAGUGCUUCAAGAAGGCUCUCACAACUUCAGCAAUACCUACAACCUGAAGAUCCCGUGUAUCAGGGCGGGCAGGGCAAACGAGGCGUGGAGGAACCGGAAACAAAUCAAAAAACAACAAUGGCAGACAAAGAUCCGAUCACCUGUCAUGUUCUGAAUACCUACACUGGCCUUCCAGGCGCAGGAAUUUCCUGCUCGCUAACAUUGACCAACUACGAGGGAAAACCAACCUCUACUUCAACCUCAACAACCAACAAGCAGCCGACAUUCACAGCAAUCACAGAUGCUGAUGGGCGGGUCAAAAACUGGUCGAGCGAGGGAGAUUCUAUAUCUGUCUCCUCCGUUCUAGCACAAUUGCCUGAUCGACCGGCAUCAAACACAGCACGCUCGACAUGGAGUCUUAGACUAUCUGGCGUUGACGAGUGGUACCGUGAGCAAGGGGUUCAGGACUGUUUCUGGCCGGAGGUGGAAGUGCGGUUUGCAGUCGACGGUAGGGACGGUGGAAAGGGAUGGAGACACUACCAUGUCCCUGUGCUGCUUGGGCCGUGGAAUUAUUCAACCUACCGCGGAUCGUGA